UGUGUAAAAUCUCAAUGGGUAUCAAUACUUUCACACAAAACUGUCUGCAUAGCAGUGACACCUACAGUCAGUCUUUAUAACUGGACUCUGUGUUACAUUAGCGCUGAUGUUAUUGAUUGCAUCCAGCACUCUGCUGCAGGAAGGCCAGGAACCUGCUGGCUGAGAGACGGAUAUAGCGUCUCCCUGUCUCCUCUGUCUCCUCUGCCUCGUCUCUUGCAGGAAGCUCGACAGGGUUUGCCAUGGCGUGAUAUAAGCAGGACGAUGACUGAGCUUUGAAGGAUGCAAGAGAUGAACUACAGCAGGGGUGGAGCUGCCCUGGUGAUUUCAGUGGACAAGUUGUUUUCAAACAGGAAAUGCAGCCUGGACAAAAUUAAAAGAAGAUGGAAGACUGCCGAUAUUUAUUCAGGCCUGGGACUGAGAGACCCAAUAAUGGACCCGAAUGAAGAAGAGUGUGAGGACCAUGAAGUGGGUUCCUGCAUCUGUGUCCUUGAUUGGACGGAGUGUUCAGCCCCUAACUCACAGAGAAACACUAAGCACACAUCAGAUUGGCUAGCUUCAUCUGGAUUUUGUUUCCCACAACACUUCUGUCCCCCAUCGGAGCUCAGUGGACAGCUGAGGUUUUUAGAUCCCGUCAUCAAAGGUUUACCAAGACAGGCCAACCAGGAAGGAACAACUUUCUAUAGGGCGGACAUUUUUUAUUGGAUUAAGCACUUUUUGAAUGAAGCAACCCAGCAGCAUGCCAUUGUCAUGGAUUCCUUCAACAGGCUCAUCAUUCUUUCUGAUAAUUGUAUAACUAUAAAUAAAUUAUGCCACCUUUACUCUUCUCAGAAUUUGAGGACAUUUAUUAGACAUAGAGGAAGUUCUGGAAGAAAUAACAAGAUGUCUGCUGUAAAACACAACGACGCCCAAAGAUCUUUUUGUCUUAAGACGAGCAGUCAGGAUGCAGACAGGGAUAGCUUAAGGACGUGGAACCCUGAGAUCUGUCAGAAAACCCAUCAAAACAAUGAUUAUUCACGAAGACCACGAAGGAGGAGUAAAAGUGAGAAAAUGAAAAUAAAGAAAAGUGUUUCCUUUGAAGAGGAUGUCAUCGUCUACCUGUUUGAUCAGGAAACACCCACUCUCAAGCUGCCUUCAGAACCCUCCACAUCUCCACCAUUCCAUAUCCCCAGCAUCCAGUCUGAUGUUUUGUCAGAGGACAAUGGGUUGCAGUGGGAAGAUGACUUCUCAGCUUUGGAGUGUGCUCAACAACCUGGCUCCGUUUCCCUGCCGACAAAGAGCUGGACUUCUCAGGCCAGGCCAGAGUGUUACUCCCUGGCCCAAACUUGCCUGUUCCUCACCUAUGUCACCGAGUCAGACCUUGAACUAUGACACAAAGUAGCCUCUACUUCGCCUCCAUUGACAGUCAGUGUCAUGUUUGAAAGCCUCAUCUUUAGACCAGAAACCGUCCAAUGCUUUAGGCUGCAGAUGAAGCUCCCACAAACACCUCUCCUCCUGAGGGUCAUACCCUCACCUGAGCAUCACUAUUUCUCUUUUUCAACUGUAUCAUCAUCAUCAUCAUCAUCAUCAUCAUCAUCAUCAUCAUCAUCAUCAUCAUCAUCAUCAUCAUCAUCAUCAUCAUCUCCUGCAGAGUUAACAUCAGCAAUAUCUUCAUCAUCACCAUAUUUUAGAACCUUAGUAAUCUUCUACACUGUCAGCAUCUUCCUUAUCAUUAGAAUCUCUUCUUCAGUCUCCAAAGCCCUGACCUCUUGUCAAGUCUUCUGAUUCAGGGACUCUCCACAAGUCCUCAUUACCCUGGGUUUUUCACAAGUCUAUUGUACCUUAGCCAAGAGUUACAGUAGACUUAGCUUAUUUUUCCUGGGGGAGUAGAAGAUAACCCACUUCUUCAUCUUCCUUAUAGACUCAGUUCUUCAGCCUGCUCUGGGCGUUGAAGACAUCCCAUCUCUUUAACGCCCAGAGGGGUCAAGAACUGCUAAUGCCUGGUUCACAGGGGAAGAUUUUAAAAUUGUCGACAAAUUUUCAAAACUUGAGGCAACACAUACAUGACGAUAAAAAGUCAUAGGUAUAACAGGUUUGGUUGUACAGUAUUUGGUGUCAAGCCACAUGGCAGGAGUAACACAUCACACUUGAAUCUAUUUAACUAAAACAUUCAGAUGUCAGACAGGUUGUCUCAUAAAACAUCUUGGGAACUAAUAUGAGCUCAGAUUAAACAAAUAUGGUUGACUGGGAAGAAGCAAUUGUGAUAGUUUGAGGACAAUCUUUAACAGAGAAAAGUAAUACAAAGAUGUUUCCACUGUUCACCAGACUGUGUGAGGUGUAAUGGGAGUUGCUUUGUCUUCUGUGUAUUUUGGAUUCCCCUUUGUGUUUCUAUCACCUUGCUUCCUAAUUGGCUACAUGUCACAAUCAGUAGCCUGCAUGCUCAACUAUGAUCAGGAAACACCACAUGAGCAACAUCAGGCCGAGGCAAUCCAACAUGGUGAAUAUCCCCCUAUUUUAGAUCGGAGCGGUUUCGAUGUCCUUCCAAGUGGAGCAGAUCACUCUUAGCACACCACACACUGCAGGAACAUCGCUAAAGAUAACUUAAAGGUUCAUUUGUUUCUUCCAGCAGAUCCACUGUAGUCCAAAGAUUGUAUUCUUAUGGUACUGCUGGUCACUUGAGUGUCUUGUCAGAUUUGGCUUAGUGUUGACCUUAUGUGUGGGUUCUCCUGGUUUUGCUAGGGUUCUAUCAGUUCCUGACUCAACCCCCUCAGUUGCCUUUAGGUCUCUGGUUCCUUCACAGCAGCAGCUGUUUGUAAUCACUCGCUUGUUUUCUAUACAAGACACUCCGUUCCCGUAAAAGCCUCGUGCUUUCAUCCACUCUGUCAGAUUCUCCUCUUAGCUCCUGGUUAUCUGUGCUAGCUUGAUGUUUUGGCCUUUAGGAUUCCUCACACUUUUGUAAAUUUGGAUUUUGUUACCUUUGAUUAAACUUCCCACUGCAUUUAUAACCUGCCUUCCAACUACUGCCCUCUUGUACUUCCAUUCUUCUCAACCUGCAGUCAUAUCUCUGAAAAGGCCCCAAGUUUUUAGGCCAUUCAUGCUUAUGGUGAUAGUGAUCAAACUUAUAUGUUCACAACUGUUUUAAAGCCUCCAGCUUUUUGUCAGCUGCUUUUUAACUGUGUUUGAUGGGUGGAUCUGUCUAAGAAAACACAGCGACAUCAUAUACGUAGACUGGGUGGGGUGUGGAUAAUCAGAAGGUGACUUCCCCUUAAGUAAAGUUGGAAUGCCAAAAACGAGUAAUCCAAACAGUGAAGGUGCUGGAUGGAUAAUGAUCUUAGCAGUUUUACUUUUCUAUUUAUAGUUACAUUUAAGUUUUAUCCAUGUGGCAUUGCAGAUGCCACCAUAAAGAUGUCAUCAGAUUGUUUAAGUAAAAGCUCAGUUUAUCUUGCACAACUAAUGCGUUUCAGUUUAGCAGCGCUUUAUCAACACCAGGGGUAAUAAUCCCAACUGCCAACAGCUGCCAGCAGGUAAAACAGACAAUGGAUGAUUAACUCAGAAAACACAUUCCUGAGAGGAAGGGGAUUAGAUUAGUGAUUCCUAAAAUAGGUAAUCAUUUAAAUAAUCACUUGGUAUGUUUGCUCACACUUCUAAUGGUUUUUAAGAUUGUAUUUUAGUUGGCAUUACACAGUCAUUACAGAAGUAAUGAAGUGCUAAAAGUUAGGGAAGGCAAAUACUGUGACAUGGCUUUAAAGGACCUACCUCUGGGCUGGCAGGUGGAACCUGGAAGACUAUUCAAAUGAAACAGUGGAAGGCGAUAACACACAAUGGAAAUUAUGUUAACUGCUGGACUCAACUAGACUCCCUAAAAAGCUGAGCUCAACUCUGCUUCAGUAGGAUUUCAUGCCCAGCUGUGUGUUUUAAAGCAAUAUGAGUUAAUUUGAGUCAUAUAAGUGUAAUAUUCCUAAUAAUAUUAUACAGUUUAUGUAAAUAGUUCAACAGGAAAUAAAAAUGUGUAGUUUUGUUUGAACAGUUCAUGUGGAGUCAAAAUUUCACUGAAUGCAAUAGUAAAUAAAGAUAAACCCCAUUUCACAGAAAUUACUGUAAAACAAAAAGUGGUGAAUUACAUUAUUUAGUAGUGAAUAUAUUUUUAUGAAGUUACAGAAUGACCUCUAAUUGUUGUUUUUUGUGUUUGUUGUUGUAAAACCUUAACUAACUGUAAUAAAAUCAACUCUGCGCAUGUGCAUACUUCAAUGACGUCACUGAAGCAGCUUUUCUUUGUCUCAUACAUCAUCUUCAUCAUUCCAGUUAACACCACAGAGAAAAAGUAAGAAAAAUGUUUUGAUGAAGGUCAUACACACAAAAGACUACAUAUUGCAUGGACCCCAAUCAGAUGGAAAAAAAUCAAACAGGAAUAUUAGCAUACUAGUAGCAGCAGAAGUUUGUCAUUCAUGCUAGGAUGCAUCUUGGGUAAGGAGGAGUGAGGGAGGAUUAUUCAAUUAUAUUCAAAAAUACUUUUCAUCCUAAAGAGAAUUCAAAUGAUGUCAUAACUCAUAUCAUCCAAGUAUAUUCAAAAGUCUUCAUUGCGAAUGGUGAUGCUGUGGUCUAGAAACAUCUCUGGUAGCAGUCAGUCUUGCUACAAAUCUGCAGAGGCCUCUGACUGAAGACUGUCUCAUAACUGUCAUGUAACAGCUCCAUUUCUGGGCAGAGAUAACUUAUCCUGGAUGAAACCGUCAGAUAUUGGCAAGCACUGCUAAUCCACCUCAUUUGCCUUUGAUGCUUCUUUUUAAAUCCCUGUCUAGCUGUAUGGUUAGAGUACCAAAUACAGAAAAACGACCUGCUUUUUGCUCUGUUCCUUGGUCCUGCUCUGCAUCCAGGAAGCCUCCUUUAUAACACCUAAAGGAUUCAGGUUGUUCUUUGAGUUUUUGUGAUGCUAAUCAGCUCCCAGUUGUAAAAGUAAAACCUAGUUGGAGGUACAUUAGAACAACUGGAGGUAAACAAACAAACAAACAAACAAACAAACAAACAAACA